AUGCUGCUCGACUCUGUCCUCGCUUCGAUUGCCCUCCUUGCAGUGGGAGCCUCCGCACACGGCGCCGUCACUAGUUACGUUAUUGCCGGUGUCGAUUACCCAGGGUAUCAAGGCUUCUCCCCUGGGAACUCUCCCAGUGUUAUCCAACGACAAUGGUCGGAUUAUAACCCGAUAACGUCUGCCGCCGACCCAAAGCUCCGCUGCAAUGGUGGCACCUCCGCAGCCCAAAGCGCGACUGUCAAGCCAGGCGAUACCGUCGCUGCUGUCUGGGGACAGUGGACACACAGCCAAGGGCCGAUCUUGGUUUGGAUGUAUAAGUGUGCCGGCGAAUUCAGUUCCUGUGACGGUUCCGGCAAGGGAUGGUUCAAGAUCGACGAGGCCGGCUUCAACGGAGAUGGCGUCAAGGUCUUCCUAGACACUGAAACCCCCUCCGGAUGGGAGAUUGCCAAGCUUGUGGGUGGAAACAAGCAAUGGACCAGCAAAAUCCCUGAAGGACUAGCCCCCGGCAACUACCUGAUCCGGCACGAGUUGAUCGCCCUUCAUCAGGCCAAUGCCCCUCAGUUCUACCCCGAGUGUGCACAGCUCGUCGUCACUGGUUCUGGUACCGCGGUGCCAGAUGACUCUCACUUGGCCGCUAUUCCUGGCUACUGCAGUCAAAACGACCCCAAUAUCAAGGUCCCAAUUAACGAUCAUUCCCUCCCUCAAACAUACGCCAUCCCCGGCCCUCCCGUCUUCACGGGGACCGCUACUAAGAAGGCUCGAGAAUUCACUGCAUAA